AUGAAGCUCCUCAACGCGACUACUCUACGGCUCCACGAGUUCUUCGGCUACAGCAUUCCAUUCUAUGUAAUCCUCUCGCACACCUGGGAUGAAGACGAGGUGACCCUGCAAGACAUUGCCAAUUCUUCUUACGCCACCAAGAAGGGGUUCGCCAAGGUCCGCGCCUGCUGUGCUCAGGCUCUUCGGGACGGCUUCACAUGGGUUUGGAUCGAUACGUGCUGCAUCGAUAAAACCUCGAGCGCCGAUCUCUCUGAAGCCAUCAACUCCAUGUUCAGCUGGUAUCAAAAUGCGACCGUCUGCUACGUCUUCUUAAGCGACUUGCCAGCCCAAAAGCCCGGCCGGUUGGACUACUUGGCAUUUAAGUCAACCAAGUGGUUUACAAGAGGUUGGACCCUCCAAGAGCUGUUGGCACCGAGGCGUAUCGAAUUUUACGACUGUGACUGGAAUGAGGUUGGGACAAAAUGCUCUCUCGAGUAUCUCAUACACACCAGCACCGGUAUUCGACGCGACGUCCUGUCCCACAACACGCUCAUCUCUUCUUUACCCGUAGCCGAGCGUAUGUCGUGGGCUUCGAAAAGGAGAACCACGAGGCAGGAAGACAUUGCGUAUUGCCUCCUUGGCAUUUUCGACAUUCACAUCCCGCUUUUGUACGGCGAAGGAGACCGCGCUUUUGCCCGUCUUCAACAGGAAAUUAUACGCACCUCGGAGGAUUUGAGCAUUCUCCUAUGGACGCAGAUUUCGCCUCUGGCAGACCGAUCAGGAGGCGUUCUUGCACAGAGUCCUGAUGUUUUUGAAAAGAUUCGCCUCUACUAUUCUGGUAAUUCGCAUGGCCAUGGCCAUGACCAAGACCUCGAUCUAAAUUGGAAUCAAAUCAAACGUCUCAAAUACCUCCACAGUGCCUCCUCGUCCCGGUCCGAAACCGAGCUUCCUGCCCCCGGAAACCCAAGAGCGGGAUCCAAGACGGUGCCACCCACCAUCACAAGUCGAGGUCUGCACGUUCAGCUGCCAGAGGUCUACCUCUCACCCAACUCUACCCAGGCCCGCUACUUGUGGACUCGAUACAUCCUCACUAUUUCAGAUGCCGGAUGCGCGAAGGACUGUUACUUGUGUAUUGAAGUUAAGUGCGUCGACCCUGAAGACGGGCUAUACGUUAGAUCUAGCAUAGGUCACAUCCUCGCUCUGCCAAUGACGACCGGAAUUGACAGCGCGGAUCCUGAGCCGCUGUACCUAUCAAUGGAAAGUCCUCUUGCUCUAGCGGGGGAAGCGCUCGACCAACACUACCCUGCCGGCCAAGCACCGAUAAAGACUUUUACGAUAUUCCUGGAGGGAAAGCACCCUCUUGCUCUGCAAGUCCACAAGUCCGACCCAGUAGGCCAACACUUUUCCGCCGGCAGCCCUGCCUCCAAUCGCUGGAUUUAUCAGGCUACGCAGCGCAAUGCUACAUAUAUCUUGCUCCGCAUCACCGAGACUCUAGAUUCCGUUAUGAGGACGUUUGUACGCGACGUCGUGGUCGGAGUCCGUCUGGAGGCAGAUGGCCGGACGAUGACGUGCAGUCUGGGCACGGAUCAGCCUCAGAUGCUGGAGUUUGCCGACUAUAGCGCGGGCAUACAGGCUGAGUCCUGGCGCAGGAUUAGAAACUCCUUCAACGGUACUUCGUGGUCUGAUCGGUCUUUCCAGAUCCUCUCGGGGCAGCGGUUCAUACUCAGGGCCGCCGUCAAACCUGGCGAGGCCUACUGUGUCCUUGUUCUUCGAGUUGAUCAGUGGGACGCGUUGCCAUGA